AUGGAGUCCUGGAAGUCGGUCCAUCUGUUGGUACUUGCGCUCUUGCUUGUGCUCUUGCUUGUGUCUGGCGCACAGGCUCGUUUCCUGGACUCGCUGCUUGGAUUGCCCAAGUUCUCGUGGCCAGAUAUCCGCCGCCAGCUCGUUGUAGUUGGCGGACAUGCCCGGACCAAUGUCCUCACCAACAUCCUCACCAAUGUCCUCACCAAUGUCCUCACCAACAUCCUCACCAAUCGCCACUACGACCACGACCACGACCACUACAACGACUACAACUACAACGACUACAACCACUACAACGACGACGAGCGAGAGCAUCUGGACUACGUCCUGGACGCCGAUCCUGCCCAGCUCCUCCACCACAACAACGACGACAACGACGACAGAGACCCUCGCUCUCUCAAGCUCGAUUCCGCCCGCGACAAGCGCCACCGAUGCGGCCAGUGGAAGCUCCACGGUGUCGGGCACCGCUCCGAGCGGUUCGUCGUCACCAUCGGCCUCUCCGAGUCCCUCCGGUGGCCUGUCGACGCCUCUGAUCAUUGGCAUUUCGGUGUCGGCCUCGCUGCUCGCAGAUACAAGGAUGUGAACUCGGAAUCUAUGGAGCUGACUGGCGCCGGCGGCGGCUAUGAUCGCGGCUCGCGCAGCUCCUCGGCCGGCAGUCGCUACUCGGCCGACCUUGCCUCUCAGGGCGGCUUCCGCCCUCUGAGCAUCUACACUGAGAAUCGAGGGUCGUUCAUGGAGCCGUCCUCUCAGUGGACACCGAUCCAGCAACGUCAAUUCACCGGACCCCAGCAGCAGCGACAGCAGCAGUCGGUCACCCAGGGACUGCUUUCGCAAUCGGCGAACGACGAAGUCCUGCAGUCGCGGGCGCCCAGCUCGGGCUCGGGCUCGGGUUCGGGUUCGGGUUCAGGUUCGGGUAGUGGCUCGAUGGCUGCUCAGCUUGGUGCAGCUGCCGCUGGACUUCGUGUUCGCAUCCAAACCCCCAGCGAAGCCGGCAACGACAGCGAAGAUACGCUGACCCGACGCACCAGCUCGCUGCGUCGACACACGACUCGACCUCCGCUCUACACCACACUCGAUCCAGCAGCGUUGGCGGCCGAGUUAGGCGGCCAAAGUCGUCCUGCCGGAGCGGCAUCGUCUGCAGCGGUGGGGGCAGCAGCAGUAUCGUCGACCGCCUUCAAGCCCAACAUGCAAGUCAUCAAGGCACACGCCAGCAACUCGCCCAAAGAGUUGGCAGUGGCCCUCGGCGAGCUCGUUUACGUCGUUGCACUCGCCGAGACCACGGGCUGGAUUCUGGUCGAGAACGAACAGGGCCAGUGCGGCAUCGUCCCGCUUGAUUGCCUCGGGCAGCUGAUGAACAACCGCAUCGACCCAAAGUUACAGAUCGUCAGGAUUGCUCGCACCAAGUCGGCCGUAGACGAACUGACGAUCGCCGUGGGCCAAAAAGUGUCCGUCACUGAGGUCUUUGAGGACGGAUGGGCCCUGGCCACGGCCGAGGAUGGAACAGCAGGGAUGGUCCCGCUGAACUUUUUGCGCGAUCCGUAG